AUGUCACGAAUUUCUAUGCUUCUUUUCUUUUACUUUUAUUUUAUUACUACUUCAUAUUCUCGUUAUUUUGAUGUGUGCCCAUCCAGAAAAAUGUCCAUUGGUGCAUGUCUUGCCGGAUUGUGUCCUCUAGGAUCCGAAUGCAUUAACAAUUACUGUUGCAAGGACAGAAUAAUUGCAACUACUACAGAAUCAUCAUCAACCGAAGAAACUGAAGUGUUUGGGUUAUGCAAAAAUGGACAAAGCGCUAUUGGUGAAUGUAUCUCUAAACUCUGUCCCUCCGGAUACUUGUGUGAGGAGAAUUUGUGUUGUGAUAACCAAACCACAACUACAAAUCUACCAUUAUCUGAAACAACUACUUAUACAAUCCGAGCUAAAACCUUUACUACAUCCACACAGUUAUCAGAAAUUUCUAUGACCACUGGCAGUGAGAUCACAACACCAGAACAAUCCGUAGAAAUCAUGGAAAUAGUUGAUGAGACUACUAAACCGGAUGAGAACGUGGAUAAUUCUACAACUGAAGACGAAGAUGAUGAAGACUCGGCUGAUGAAGAAGGAUGGGAAACAACCGGCUCAUUUGAGACUUCAACCGUGGACGGAACAGAGACAGAAACUGUUCGAAACUCUUUUAGAGUUCUUAAGUCGAAUGAAUCAAAAGAAACAACUGAGGAAGAAGCAAUGACAACAACAACCAGAAGAAUCGACUACGAAAUAACUGGUGAAGAAACCGAAGUGGAUGACAUCCAACUCACAUCCACAACAACUCAAAAAAGUACUAGCACGACGAAAAAAUCAGAUAGUAGUGGAUGGAAAACCACAACUGCUCAAAUCCAUGUGGAAACAACUACGGAGGAGCAUCAAAUUUGUCCUAUAGGAGCAUCAAUUGGAGAAUGUAUCAGCGAUCAAUGCCCGGAAGGACAUACUUGUUUCAUGAAUGCAUGUUGUAUAAUCACACCACAAAUUAAUUGUACCGACACACUUAAAGGUUGCUUACCUCAUUUAUGUAAUAAAAGAGGUUAUAAGGAGUUUACAACAACAAACUGUGCUAAAACGUGUGCACGUUGUCACGUGUCUGAGCUGACAUCAUUGGAUCUCGUCGGAUGCCGUGAUCGUCGAUCCGAUUGCAAGGAAUGGGCAGCGGAAGGAUUUUGUGAGAGUUCAUUGUACUCAAUACGUCAAAAAUUGAGAUUUUGUGGACAGAGUUGUAAACUCUGUUAG